AUGCCAGAGGUCAAGAUCAGGACAGAAUUGAGCACCAGCGAGAAUAGCACAAGUAGUACACAGGAUACGAUAAAUAUACCCCAAGCCCCCGCCCAAAGCUCCAAGUCCAAGGACAUGCUUCAUCUCCAACUCCCACACCCAACGAUGGCCAGCCCCCCAAUGCAGCUGGAAGAUUGGCUUGAUGACCUCUGCGUGAGGUUCAUCAUCAAUCUUCCGGAAGAAGACUUGUCGUCCGUCGAGCGAAUAUGCUUCCAAGUCGAAGAAGCCCAAUGGUUCUACGAAGAUUUCAUCCGACCGCUGGAUCCCUCCCUGCCAUCCAUGCCCCUGCGCAGUUUCUUCCUGCGCAUCUUUCAACACUGCCCUCUACUCCAGUCCUUUUCUGCCAAAGAUCACCUGGCCGCGUUUGACAACUUCCUCCAGUACAAGACGCGGAUCCCGGUCCGCGGUGCCAUCCUGCUCAACCAUGACAUGGAUUCGGUGGUGCUCGUCAAGGGCUGGAAAAAAGGCGCCAACUGGAGUUUUCCCCGUGGCAAGAUCAACAAGGAUGAGGACGACCUAGAUUGCGCCGUGCGCGAGGUGUACGAAGAAACCGGCAUGGACCUACGCGCCCAUGGUCUCGUCCCCGCCAACGGCAAGACAAAACACAUUACAAUCGUGAUGCGCGAGCAACAACUGCGACUCUACGUCUUCCGCGAUGUCCCCAUGGACUACAACUUCCAGCCGCAGACGCGCAAAGAAAUCAGCAAGAUUUCGUGGUAUAAGCUGUCCGAGCUCCCGACGUUCCGAAAAAAGAAUGCGCAAAAUCAAAACGAGCCCGUCGUUGGCGCCAAUAAGUUUUACAUGGUCGCGCCAUUCCUGGUGCCACUCAAGAAAUGGGUCACGGCGCAGAAGCGGCAAGAGGAGAAGCACGCCGCCAGCCUGCAUUAUCAUGCAGGCCACGCACAGCUUUCUGUCGACGAAGGCCACACCGAGGACGAAACCUAUGUGACGGAUCAAGGUGCGGACCCUCUUCAGCAAGUCACCUCUAUUGCUAGCCUCGAUGGAGCCACGAAGGAACUGCAAAGACUGCUCAAGAUGCAGCCGCCGACGCAAGGCCUACAACCCGCCUUGACCCAGGAAGACAAAGGCAGCGCUCUUCUGUCUAUCCUACAGUCGAACGAGUCUGUCGCGCCCUCAAAUUCUCUGCAGCAUGGGGUUGAGAUACCUCAUACACCGCAAGACCUCGUCAUGGUGAACCCGCCGCAACCGCAGAACCCCCACCACCACCAUAAUUACCAGCAGCAGCCGAUGUCGUUACACAUCAACUUGCACCAUGAGCCGCCACAGUUCCCUCUCCCUCAGGGCGGCGCCAACGUUCCACAGCAUUUCCAGCAGCCGCAGUAUCCAGUCCAGGCCGUGCGACAUGGUCAUCCUGGUGCCCCUCACCACCAGCCGCAGAAAUCUAUCCCUCUUGUCCAUCCGCAGCCACUGCCGCCCCAGGUCCAGCGCGCCAUGUUCAACAACAGUGCAUUUCAGGAAGCCGCAGCCAAAGGCAAUGCCGGCAUGCCUCACUCUCCAUAUCAGCAGUGGCAACAGCCGAGCGCGCCUCAGGGUAACGUGCCCCCGCCACAGCAGCAGCAGCGAGCGCCGCCGAUGCAGCUCACUGGACAAUCCAUGGCUCUCCUCAACGCUUUCAAGAGAGAGCCUUUGGGACCUCAGCAACCGCCUAUUCCGCCUAUUUCAUCUAUACCGUCUAUGCAGCCGCCUAUGCAGCAGCAUCAGCAACACGUGCAGGUGGUUGAAACGGUCAACAUGUCUACUAUCGGUCCUGCUGGUCAGAGCCUUCCGCCACCACCUCCGUAUAGCCAGUACCCGGCACAACAGCAACAGCGACCUCCCCAGGCCGCCAUACCCAGCCAUACGAUGCCGCCCCAGCAGCAAUUCAACGCUCGCCGCCCGGUCCCGGAGCAGCCAGAUUUGCCGCCCAGUAUGCGGAUCCCUCCUCCUGUCGUCGAUCAGCACAGAAACGCGCUACUUGGUAUGUUCAAAAAGGCAGGCCCACAGUCUCCCAUUCCGCAGUCUUCACAGCAGGGGCAGCCCCCCUUGCCGCUGGGUUUCAUCCCUGAGCUCUCAUCGCCGUCGCAGCGCAAGCCAGCGGCCGAUGAACCCGUCGAGCUCGCUAUGGGCAACCUGUCCAUGCAACCACCGCCAGGCAACAGUCACUCCCAGUACCCGUCGCAGCCUAGCCCUACGCAGCAUCGCACCAACAACCUCGUCGCAGCACCGCACGGGGGCGUAGCUGCACAGUAUGCCGCGUACGCCUCACAGAGCCACCAGCCUCAGCAGCCCUCUCCCCUCGCGCAGCCUUCCGUUCUUGCCCCGGUCGGCGCCGACCAGAAGCGCCAGCUGUUGUCCCUCUUUGGCGGUGGUGGUGCCGGUGCCGGUGCCGGCGGCAAGCCCGCAGCGCCGCAACUGCAGGCGCGAUCACCCCUCGGAAGCACCAUCCAUGAGAUGGGCAACGGAAACCCCGCGCCGCGCGACAUCUCACGCUCUCGACUGGCAUCUCUCACUUCCACUGCCGUUUCUGGCGAGCCUAGUUCAGGUAACGCCUCGCGCCGUGGCAGCCAGACGCCCAUCUCGCCGGCGGAUGAGAGCUUUUUGCUCGGAUAUCUGCAAUCCGUCACUAAUACUGCGUCGCGAUGA